AUGCAGGAGCAAAUUGCAGGUUUUGGGCCUCCGGCAUGCAAUGAAGACGACGACCCUUUCUUUGUAGCUGAUCUGGGAGAGGUAUACCGCCAAUUCAUACGUUGGAAACAGCAUCUACCACGCAUAAAACCAUAUUUUGCCGUCAAAUGCAAUCCAGACCCUGCUGUGCUGCGAUUACUUCACAACCUCGGGACUGGAUUCGAUUGCGCGAGCAAGCAGGAGAUUCAGCAGGUCCUCGAAAUGGGCGUCAGCACUGACCGGAUCAUCUAUGCACAGCCGUGUAAAGCGAUAACCCAUCUGAGAUUCUCUACUCAACAUGGCGUGCGGAGAAUGACAUUUGAUAACGCUGAUGAGCUAUAUAAGAUCCAAGCUGUCUUUCCGGACGCUGAACUCUUAUUGCGCAUCACGACAGAUGAUUCUGCGAGCCUUUGUCGACUCAGUCAAAAGUUUGGGGCUGGACUUGAGCAGACCGGCGACUUACUGAAGCUAGCGAAAGAUCUUGAUCUCAAUAUCGUCGGCGUUGCUUUUCACUGUGGAUCAGGUGCAUCGGAUGCUAUGGCGUUCGUGCAAGCCGCGCGUGAUGCCCGAUUUGUUUUCAAUCAAGCAGAGGAUCUCGGGUUGAAGCUUCACGUACUUGAUUGCGGCGGCGGAUUCGUUUCCAAAACUUUUGAUCAUACCGCGAAGAUGCUGGCCAAAGCGAUCGACCGCUUCUUUCCGCCAGACAUCGAGAUCAUUGCUGAACCCGGCCGACUCUUCACAAACACCGCAUUUACUCUGGCCUGCAACGUCAUUGCUCGCCGCACGAGUUUGCGUGACGAUAGACUAUACAUCAACGAUGGCAUCUACGGGAAUUUGUCAUGCAUGAUUUACGAUCAUCAGAAACCAAAAGCGAAGCUUUUACGCACACGACACACAGCGUCUACGAACAGCUUGAAGUACUCGAUUUGGGGACCAACUUGCGACGGCAUCGAUUGCAUCGAUAUGGAUUGGCUGUGCAAUCAGGAGGUGAAAAUUGGAGACUGGUUGUACUUCGAGGACAUGGGAGCGUAUACAAAGUGCUCAGCCACUCGUUUCAAUGGCUUUCCCAAUGAUCAUCGAACGAUUUACGUAUGCAGCGAACCUGCUGCUACAGUUCUGCUGGAUAUAGAAUAG